AUGGCGGCCGCAGCCCGAGUUCUCGACACCGUCGAGUUGCUGGAGAUGAUCAUCCUCGACCUGCCGAUCCGCGACGUCUUCAGUAAACAGCGAGUCUCACGCCGCUGGCGGUCGACCGUCGCCGAGUCAAUCCAGCUUCAGCAGGCGCUCUUUCUCAAGCCCAUCCCCUCAGAACAAUCCGAGAUCUUGCCAGGGGUCACCACCUUCGCUCUCGACACCUCUUGCGCCGAAGUCCUUGCGACGCCUGGUAGGAAGACUAUCUUCCAGUCCGUCCUCUCCAUCAGCGAAGACGAGUUUGGAGUCCUCAGCAACAUCAAUGAGGUGGCCGACGCCUCCAACUACCAGAACAACUUCAACGUACAUGCGAGACUGGAGGAGGAAGAUCAGAAAGAUCUGGAACUUCUUGAUGUGACAACCCUUGCUGGCGGAGCCUUGCAGAAGAAGGACCUCGAUCUGUUCCAAGUUGUGACGCUGGAAGGCAGUCCGCACGUAGGUAUCAUCAACUUGUGCCGGGCGAUCUCGAAGCACGUGCAGGACUACGACUCAGCGCUUUACAAAAGCAGGAAAUUCAAGAUGACGGGAGGUUGCGAGAGACAGAUGAAGGUGGCUAGAGCGUGUUUCCUGGCGCAACUCGCGAGCUCGAGCUACCGACGUCUUCGAGGCCGUCGUGGUUCGUCGGAGCUGCGUAACAUGCUCGCAUCCAUCCAGCGAGGCAUUAGUGGAAUCCAUGGAUAG